AUACAAUUUAUAUUUUCCUUGAACUACCUAUCUUUAAACGGAAAUUUCCAAGAAGAGUCUCAGGAACGCCCGGGAAAUCUCCGGGAAGUCCCGGCCAAUUCCUUCCGAUUUCCUGCUGGCCCGCGGCAGUUAGGUAAUUGACUGCGACAGUCCGAAAUCCCAAACUUAACUUCUCUCGACCAAAUCCGGCCGCCGCACAUCCUCACGACUUACCACUCUACCGCUCAUUUCGCGAUUUGGUCAACGGAUAGGAUCUGAUGUAUACAUUUAUACAAAAGAAACUCUUUAUUACUCUUGCUUAAGCUGUUCACAAUGUGGAGAAAUUCACUAAGGGUUGUCCAGGGCACCCGCCUGGCGACCAGGGCAACAAGGCUUACAGCCCUUCCCUUAACGACCAGGAGACUAUACGCCGCGACGACGGCGACAGCGCCUAAUGCCACGUACUCGGCCCCCAACCCAAGCGACAGCUUUCUCUCGGGAAGCACUGCCAACUAUGUCGAUGAGAUGUACAUGCAGUGGAAGCAAGACCCCAAGAGCGUCCACGUCUCAUGGCAGGUCUACUUCAAGAACAUGGAGAGCGGCGACAUGCCCAUCUCACAGGCAUUCCAGCCCCCCCCGAACCUUGUUCCCGGUAUGACAGGGGGUGUUCCUCGUCUUGCUGGCGGCCUGGCUCUUGAGGAUGGCUCCGACGUCACGAACCAUUUGAAGGUCCAGCUGCUUGUGCGCGCAUAUCAAGCUCGUGGACACCACAAGGCUGAUAUCGACCCUCUUGGCAUUCGCAACACCGCUGCAGGCUUUGGUAAUAUCAAGCCCAAGGAGUUGACGCUCGAGCAUUAUGGCUUCACUGAGAAGGAUCUCGAUACCGAGUACACUCUUGGACCUGGCAUCUUGCCCAGAUUCAAGCGGGAAGGUCGCGACAAAAUGACCCUCCGCGAGAUCAUUGCUGCAUGCGAAAAAAUCUACUCUGGCUCCUAUGGUGUUGAAUUCAUCCACAUCCCCGACCGCGAGAAGUGUGACUGGCUGCGCGAACGCCUCGAAGUUCCCCAGCCCUUCAAGUACUCCAUCGAUGAGAAGCGCCGUGUCCUCGAUCGGUUAAUUUGGAGCUCCAGCUUUGAAUCAUUCCUCGCGACCAAAUACCCCAACGACAAGCGAUUUGGCCUUGAGGGAUGCGAGACCCUGGUCCCUGGCAUGAAGGCUCUGAUCGAUCGCAGUGUCGAUUACGGUGUUAAGGAUAUCGUCAUCGGCAUGCCUCACCGUGGUCGAUUGAACGUUUUGAGCAACGUCGUCCGAAAGCCGAACGAAUCUAUCUUUAGCGAAUUUGCCGGAACGCUGACUGCUGGGGAUGAAGGCUCUGGUGAUGUGAAAUACCAUCUAGGCAUGAACUUCGAGCGACCCACGCCUUCUGGAAAGCGCGUGCAGCUCUCGCUCGUCGCCAAUCCCUCCCAUUUGGAAGCCGAAGACCCAGUUGUCCUCGGUAAGACUCGCGCCAUUCAGCACUAUAACAACGAUGAGAAGGACCACAAGACUGCAAUGAGCGUCCUGUUGCACGGUGAUGCCGCAUUUGCUGCGCAGGGUAUUGUGUAUGAAUGUCUUGGAUUCCACUCUCUGCCUGCCUUCUCUACCGGCGGUACUAUUCACCUCGUCGUCAACAACCAGAUCGGAUUUACUACCGAUCCUCGAUUCGCCCGAUCAACGGCCUACUGCACGGACAUUGCCAAAGCCAUCGACGCUCCUGUUUUCCAUGUCAAUGCCGACGAUGUCGAAGCUGUCAACUUUGUCUGCCAGCUAGCCGCCGAUUGGCGAGCCGAGUUCCAGCAUGAUGUUGUUAUUGACUUAAUCUGCUACCGGAAGCACGGUCACAAUGAGACAGAUCAACCCUCGUUUACUCAGCCUCUCAUGUACAAGCGCAUCCAGGAAAAGGUUCCUCAGAUUGACGUCUACGUCAACAAGUUGCUGCAGGAAGGCACCUUCACCAAGGAAGACAUCGAAGAGCACAAGCAGUGGGUGUGGGGCAUGCUCGAAGAAAGCUUUUCUAAAUCAAAAGACUACCAACCCACGUCAAAGGAGUGGACUACAUCAGCCUGGAAUGGCUUCAAAUCGCCCAAAGAGCUCGCUACGGAAAUCCUCCCCCACAAUGACACCAGUGUCGAUCGGAACACCUUAAACCACAUUGGUGAAGUCAUCGGAUCGGCCCCCGAAGGCUUCCAAAUCCAUCGUAACCUGAAGCGAAUUCUGACCAACCGAACAAAGUCAGUCAUCGAAGGCAAGAACAUUGAUUUCCCUACCGCCGAGGCUCUAGCCUUUGGCUCGCUCGUUACCGAGGGUUAUCAUGUAAGAGUCUCUGGUCAGGAUGUCGAGCGUGGUACAUUCUCACAACGCCAUGCUGUCUUCCAUGACCAAGAAACCGAGGAGACUGAGGAGACUUACACCCCUCUGCAACACAUCAGCAAAGACCAAGGAAAGUUUGUCAUCUCCAACUCUUCUCUAAGCGAGUUUGGUGCCCUGGGUUUCGAAUACGGUUACUCUCUGUCGUCUCCUAAUGCGCUUGUCAUGUGGGAGGCGCAGUUUGGUGACUUUGCCAACAAUGCACAGUGCAUCAUCGACCAGUUCAUUGCCUCUGGUGAAGUCAAGUGGAUGCAAAGAACCGGUUUGGUCAUGUCUCUACCCCAUGGAUAUGACGGCCAGGGCCCUGAGCACUCCUCCGGCCGUCUGGAGCGGUAUCUGCAGCUUUGCAAUGAAGAUCCCCGCGUUUUCCCAUCCGAGGACAAGAUUCAACGACAGCAUCAAGAUUGCAACAUGCAGAUUGCCUACAUGACUACUCCUGCUAACUUGUUCCAUGUUCUGCGCCGACAAAUGCACCGACAGUUCAGAAAACCUCUUGUCAUCUUCUUCUCAAAGUCACUGCUCCGCCACCCAUUGGCACGGUCUAACAUUGAGGACUUCACCGGCCCCAAUGCUGGAUUCCAGUGGAUCAUUCCCGACCCAGAGCACCAGACCGGUACCAUCAAAGCUCCCGAAGAGAUUGACCGAGUCAUCCUCUGCACAGGUCAGGUGUGGGCCAGUCUGCACAAGUAUCGUGCCGACAACAAGAUUGACAACGUGGCUUUCACCCGCAUUGAGCAGCUGAACCCCUUCCCUUGGCAGCAGCUGAAGGAGAACCUGGAUAUGUACCCUAAUGCCAAGACCAUUGUUUGGGCACAGGAGGAGCCUCUCAACGCGGGAGCUUGGAGCUUCACACAGCCGCGUAUUGAGACGCUGUUGAACCAGACUCAACACCAUGACCGCAAGCACGUCAUGUAUGCUGGUCGUAAUCCCAGCGCCUCCGUGGCAACUGGUCUGAAGAAUGUUCAUACCAAGGAAGAGCAGGACUUCUUGCAAAUGGCAUUCAGUGUGACACAAGACAAACUCAAGGGCGAGUAAAUAGACGCGAUAUAUAGUUUAUAUUAAUAAAUUUUUAACUGGUCUAGAAAUUAUAAU